CAAUUCUAUUCAGUUAACUCACAUUCACAAUGGAAGUCGUGCAUGUCAGUGCAAAUUCGUAGCUUUUUUAUUACAUUUUUGGCGACAGAGCAAAAAUUAUGCUCACGGAAAAUGUAAAUAGCUAGUGUAAGCAAUGCGGAAGAUGAAACGUAACGCGUUUUCCGUCUAAAUACCGCGCAGUGCGUGUGAGAAAGCGACACAACCUUCUUAGUGAAACCAUCAAAAUUUUCGAGUGUUGAAUGUGGAGCACGAUCACGAAUCUGUUCUCAACUCGACAACCCGACGAAACGCAAGGAGAAGAGCCCCACCGAGUCUACUACGACGACGAAGAAGAACCCGAGCAAAUUAUGGAGCGGUCCCUGCAACGCAGAUUGUCAGCUGCAAAUUUGCUGUCGAGUAAUGGCCAGCAGGAGGAAAUCUACGACCCCCGACAGGCCAAACAGAGGGCUUCCGUCAAGUGGCUGCUGUCCAAGUCUUUCAAUGGUCGAGUGCCAGACAACUUGCGAGAGCCGUUCUACAGAGACCACGAGGGGCAGUACCACCUCAAGCCCCACAUCGUGCACACGCUGGCCAACGCCGAGCUGUACUGUCUUGCCCUCAGCAACAUCUACGCUGAUCCCAAUUUCCACAAUCUGAACCAUAGUGGCAUUGUGAAUGCCUUGAUUCGGAAAGGAAUCACCCCUGAACCUCCAGGGCCAGACUGCCCCCUCACGGAAACCACCCUGUUCCAAACCAACCCUCUUAGACUGAGUGCCCACUUGGCCAUAAUGGAGGCAAUGAUGGCCUUAUACGCCAAGGAAGUAGCCACACCAGACGCAGUUUUGGCGGCGAUCACGAGGUUGUCACACCUUCACCAGGAGGAGCCGGUCGAGUUGCCCAACCCGACCUCUCCUCAGCAGAGUCUCCUGGCGUGGUUAAAUUGUAGUUCCAAAGUCAUGAAUACAAGGCUGAAACUGGACGGUGCAACCAAUUAUCAGUUAAUACCUGAGAUGCAAAAUAUACAAGAUCUUUCUGACGGUGUGGCGCUGGCAGCCCUUGUGGCUCUUUACUGUCCGUCAGAACUCCCUUGGGAAAAUGUGCUGGUGCCUAACUCUCAACAGGGAACUGCUUCUGUUGGCCAGUCAGUUCAUAAUCUAAGUUUGGUGCAGCAGUUUUGUCAGGAGGCAUUGUCAACUGAUUUGAUGCACAUGUCGCCAGAAGACGUCACAUAUUUGAGAAGUGGUGAUGGGUUUGAUGAUGAUGAUGAGUUCCUUGAUGCCAUGGAGGAUUACGAGGCGAGAGCCCCCAAUUCCCCUCCAGCAGCAGGGGGCUCUUCUACUGCUCUUGCUAUGCUUUCCUGCGCUCAAACCUGCAGGAGAAGACCUCCCUCAGAGCAUCACAGCUCAAUGAAUGUGAAUCUGCUGGCGUUUCUUGCGGAUAUGUUCAAUAUUAUGGAAAUACACCCAGCCAAGUGUGUGUGCUUCCCAGGUUCUGGCAGCCUCUCAUUAAAAGAUCCUCGCAACAAACAUGGUGUGGGUCACAGACGAAGCCUCUAUGGGUCUCAGGUCAUCUCCCCAAUCCCUGACCUGAGAAGCAACUUGUCUCUUCCACACCCCACAGUGACUAAAUCAGCUUCAAGCUUGAGCAACCCAAGUUCUGGCUCAGCCGCUAUGGUGCAAAUGACCAGCACUUCAUUGCGACGAACCAUGUCUCUGCACCACACUCCAGCGCCAGACCAGAAUCUUGAGGACGAGGGGGAUAUGUUUGUGGUUCAUAAAACCAAAGCAGUUCCAACGCUUUUGCGCAGCAGAGAAGAACCAGAGGACAAGAACCUCCCAGCUGCCGGCAAGCCAAGCAACUGGGAAACAGUCAGCCGCCGCUCAAGCACACCCCAACAACAAACGCCUGCAGAACGGUCUCUGUCAGGUCGGCGGUCGAGGCGCAAUUCCAUCAACGCAGAAGAGUCUCAGCUGACAGUUGAAAACUUUGGUGGUUCUCAAGACAACCUUCAGUUCAUUGGCCGGAACCCUGAUAAAGAUGUGGCUGUGCAUGUCGGUCGAAGGUUAGACACAAGCAAUGACAAACCUGCACCAAUCAAAGACCUGCACAAAAUGACCUCCCUCGAGAUCAAUAGUUCGUUUUCAGUUCAGCAUGCUAGUAAUUCUUCUUCAAUCUCCCCCACCAUAAACAAUGGCACUAGGGCUUACAAUGGCGACUCUGACUCAGAAAACGUCCGGCCAACUAGUUUCGCAGACCUGUCUCGUCAGAACACACAAAACUCUCAGCAACAACAGCCAUAUGAUACCCCAACAAAGAGCAGACCAGAAAAGAAAACUGCCACAUUUGCUGAUCUACCAAACACCACCACUUGGAGACAGCAACAACAGCAACACCAACAACAGCCACCUCUCAAUGAUGCCAUCUCUUCUCAAGAAGAAGGUCAAGUGAUGGCUACUCAAUUGAACAACAUCAGAAUGAAGCUGGAAGAAAAGCGGCGGCACAUUGAAAAUGAUAAACGGAAAAUGGAGGUGGCUCUCAACAAACAGAGGCAAAAAGUAGGAAAGGCUGCAUUUUUACAGGCUGUAACAAAGGGAAAAGCGGUGGAGGCAGGGAAUGAAUCAGUUCAGGUUAACGAACAAGAUAGGAAAUCGCCUCAGCGUCAGCAGCCAGCUAGACCAGUAUCUCUAAAGGAAAUCAACGAAGAUGUGAUAGCUGUGGAAAACCGAUGGCUUUCCCAAGAGGGCAUUCCACAACACAAAGUGCCACCAGAAGACCCUAGAACUCCUGAUUUGGAACACAUGGAUAUUGAAUCAUACCACAACUCAUUAGCCCAAAUGGAUUCCAGUUUAAAAGACCUGCGGGCAGACAUCCAGCGCUUGGCUUCCAGGCAGCAUCACAUCCACCAGGUGCUGGAGCAACGACCUCAGUCCAUGUCCCCGCAGCCACUCCCUCAGCAGCCGCCCCCUCAGCAGCCACCUCCUCAACAAGCAACUCACCAGGGAGAGUUUUACCUGCACUCUGGACCACCGCACCCGCACUACAUUCCUCAACAGCAGCCAAACUACAACACUUACAACCCUUAUAACAGCGCGCCCACGUCUUAUCAACAGCACCAGUACCAGCCAACUCCUCCUCCCCGUCGAACCUGGGCUUCCCCAAACCCGAUGCCAAUGCCCAUGCAGCAGCCACAGCAGCAGCAGCAAGCACCUCCAGGGCCUGGCGGCGAUGGCUACAUCCCACACAACGCUUGGAUGGAUCCUGGUCGACAGAACAUCCCCAAGUACUCGCAGCCGCAGCACUUCUCGCCUCAACAGCAACACCACCACCCACAAAAUACUCCACCCGGUGCAAGUGGCUUCAUGCUGCACCCUGUCUCGUCCAACUCGACAAAUCAAGUUACGUACUCGCUGCACAAUGGCAGCAACACUGCCUCCCCUCAGCACAGAAAUACCCUGAACAGGCUCAGCCAAAUGAUGGGGCAGCAACAGCCAAACCAUCAGCAGCCGCAAGUGCCGCAUGUCACCACCGUGCCCAUUCCAGGCCCCGUGAUUGAUGAUCCCAUGGCCCCACAGCCCAUUGCAUUCAUCGGAACGCCAGAAAAUAGGCUAACUUUCAAUAGUGACAGUGGUGAUGUAUCAGAAGAAGUAAAUUUGAAUAUCCAGAGGUUGAACAUAACUUCAGGCUCAAGGACAUACAGAUUGCCUUCCCCAACACGACCCGUUUCAAAAGUUCGGCCAGCUUAUCAAACUGCCAAACAAACUGAAGAGGAGGAUGAGCCUGAAGAUGUUUCCCCCACUCAAACACUUAAGGAUGGGGUAGACGCAGAUAAAGGCUUUUACAUCAGCUUUGAUGAGCCACCAAAGCGACCGAAACCUCCAUUGAGAACGAAAAAGGUCGCUAAAAAGCAGCAGGAGUUAAUGCAGCAGCAAUCGCAUCACGACUAUGAGGUCGCAGCAGGCUCUUCCAGCUCUUCCUCUCUAGCAUCGCGUCUUUCUCCUCAACCAGGCAUUGGUAGGACCAUGACCAGACCUUCUCCGACCCCUCCUUCAACGCCUGUUGUUCAUCAUUAUUCAAUUGAAGCGACUGAUGAAGAGCUCAGUGUACAGUUGACACCGGUUGCCGUCGCGGGCGAGGGUGCUAGUGGAUUGGGACUUGUGAUAGGAGACAUAGCUGCUCCAGAUCCGGGUGCUCUUGAUGCCAUGGAAAGAAAGAAAGAGAAAAUUCUGUUGGCGUCAUUGAGGAGAAGGCAAGAGCAAGAAGAGAACAAGGCUAGGAAAGAAUUGGUAGCCACACGUGCCAAGGAGAGGGAACAAGAGAGAGAGGAAAGACAAGCAAUGAAGCGCGAGGAGGACAAGAUGCGGCGGGCACAAAUCCUCCAGCAGUAUAAAUUGAAGAAGGCCAUCGAGGAAGCCGAAAGAGAAGGCAAAGUGAUAGACAAGUCUGAGCUGCAACGUCUUCAGGCUAUAUGUUCGACACCCUCGUCUCCUUCGUCCGCCACCUCAACAGCCAGCUCUGGUGGACCUCGCAUGAGGAACAAGACUCCAGGCACAACCCCAAGGCCAAGACCCAAAACCAUCCACAUAGAGCGAGGUCAGGAAGGCAGCAGCAAUGGAGACGAGCCAGACAACCGUCAAUUUAACCUCCAUAGACAAGUUUCUGCCACCAACCUCGCUGAUUCCGCCAGCUACGGAGGACACAACACAAUGCGCCGGGCCGCUGGCUACCGUGGCUCACAGGAUAACCUCACGACACGAAGGAACUCAAUGUACAACAGAGAAUCCUCAGAUGACGGAAGAGGCACCUCAAGAGGCACCUCUCCGUCGCGCAUUGGUCGUCGAGGGUCGUACAGAACCUCUCGAGAAACAACACGCCGCUCACCGUCGCAGCCGCCGAGUCUGCAGCGAGUUUCCACCCAGCGCCGCUCCAGCUCUUUGGUGAAUUUGAGCAGUGGAUCUAGCACUGACCAGGACAGCUUGGCUUACCCUCGCUUUGGCGACACUGACUCUGGCCUCGGAAGGGCCACUCCGCCACGUAGGGCCCCGUCUCCCGGAAUGGGGGUCCCGCGUCACCUUCCCUCCCCGUCAGGUCCAGGCUCGUUACCACCUGGCCUUAUGUCAAAGAGGAGACCUUUUGAUGAUGCAUCUAGUGACAUUUCCAGUGCCAGCUCAAUGAUGGAAUACACAGGUCCUCGACUUUACCGCCAACCAGCAACCAAAUCAAACAGAGGCAUAAUGCUGAACGCUGUCGAAUAUUGUGUCUUCCCAGGAGUUGUGAAUCGCGAGGCCAAGAGACGUGUGCUCGAAGAAAUCGCGCGGUCUGAGAGCAAGCACUUCCUCAUCUUGUUCAGGGACGCCGGCUGUCAGUUCAGGGCCCUUUACUCGUACUGUCCAGACCGGGACGAGGUUCUCAAGCUGUACGGCACAGGUCCGCGCCAAGUCACUGAAAAUAUGCUAGAUAAAUUCUUCAAGUAUAAUAGUGGUGGAAAAUGCUUUUCUCAAGUGCACACCAAACAUCUGACUGUGACCAUAGACGCCUUUACCAUUCACAACUCACUGUGGCAGGGCAAGAAAGUGAGUCUCCCUAAUAAACGUGAUAUGGCACUUGUUAUUUAAUUGCUCCUCUUAACUGCUAAACGAAAGAGUAUGGAUAAUUAAAAACAGAUUUUAAUAAGUAACACUCAAAAGUUAUUACUUGGAAGGUCGAGGGGCUAAUUAUUUUUAUUUUUAACUUGCCAAAAUGAAGUGUGACGGAAAUGAUCAGAAUUAUAGAGACACCUAUGUGAACAUGAAAAAUUCAGAAUUAUCAGCAUUUGUGAAAAAGAUGUUGCUUCUCAGCUGCUACUGUGUCGCGCAGAAAAGAUCGAGUGUCUCACAUUGUCAGUAUUAACUAUUGUAAUUCACUGAUCGACUGGCUGUUCAGUGCACAAAAUCAGCCAGCAGCUCAGUUGGACUAUUUGAUACAUAUUGGAGACGUCAUUCCUUUACUGUGAGAAAUUGCCCAAAUCCAAUUCCAAUUUUGUUACAAGAAACUGAAUCUAUGUGAAAGUCAAGCAUGUGUGCGAGAUUUUCAGAGAAACCGAAAUCGUCACAAGCAUGAAAAGAGAGACUUGUAUUUCAUAUUGUAGAGCAAAGUUAGUGAAAUGCAAGUAUAAAGUCUUCACCUAUUACUAAAACUAAAAUGUUGGCGAUUGAAUCUACUUUUGUAAUUCCAGGCUCGGUUGUUUUUAAAUCAAUGAGAGAAUAGCCAUAUUAUUUUUUGUGUCCCUUUCCAUCUCUCUGUUAAUUUAUUUAACCUUCUCUUUCGUGACUGUAUCACUGAUUAAUUUUAACUUUUUUUAAUUUUGCGAUGGUGCAAAGUGUGCAUAGGACACAAGAACUUUAUUUUACCAAGUAGAGAAAACGACGAAGUGUGCAUGCGAGUUGCUGUUGCGAGAUGAGCCUGAAAUUAUCAAACGGGACGCGAUCCACUGCUUCUUCUAUUACCAAAACAAAAAGACAGUAAUAAAAAUGAGAAAGAUGGUGCUUUGGGACAUUAUUACUUUUGUGUACCUCUGGCGAUACUUAUAUAUUUUGAUUUUUCAUCAUCCAGAGUUCUCAUUAAUAUUCUAUGAUAAUUACGUAAUUAAUUUGCAUCAAAGCGAUGAAGAAAAUGUUAUUACUAAAGAUACCAUCCUAUUAAAACAAUAAAAUAUUAAUACAGAUGACAA